UAUGUUGGCAAGGAAAAUAUUCAUGGCGGACAGAGCGAACAAGGUAUAAGGCGCAAAGCAUGUCGUCCAAUAACACGGAAUAGUUAUUGCAUUGUUAAAUAACCACAUGUUUGUGACUGUGAAUACAAUUCCAUUAAUUUGAGAUGUGAACAUUUUGGAUUUUCCUAGUUUUUUAGAAUUUGGAUCGUUUAAAAACAAUUAAUUUCUUUUGUAUAUUGUGUCAGUUGUUUACAUGUUCGAACACUUGUUAAAUAGACAUGUCUCUCAAUGGAUUUAAAUAUGUUUAAAGUUAGAGCUCCAAAUUAAGAGAAUGGCCUUUUGACAUGUGCUUCUGCUCAAGUCAAGACACUGUGAUAUGUGAUGAACAAGUACGAAAUACUGGGUGUUGUGGGAGAAGGGGCCUAUGGGGUGGUGUUAAAAUGCAGACACAAGGAGUCUGGGGAUAUGGUAGCUGUGAAGAAGUUCAAAGAUAGUGAAGAAAAUGAUGAUGUCAAAAGGACAACGCUUCGGGAACUCAAGAUGCUGCGGACCCUUAAGCAGGAAAACAUUGUGGAACUACGAGAGGCAUUCCGGCGGAAGGGGAAGCUGUAUUUAGUGUUUGAAUAUGUAGAGAGGAACAUGCUGGAAUUGUUGGAGGAGAUGCCUAAUGGAGUUCCCACAGAAAAAGUAAAGAGUUAUACCUACCAACUGUGUAAAGCAAUACAAUGGUGCCAUUGUCAGGACAUCAUACAUAGGGAUAUAAAGCCAGAAAAUUUACUCAUCAGCAAAAAUGAUACUCUGAAGUUGUGUGACUUUGGAUUUGCGCGCAGUAUCCAUGGUGGACUAGUGGGUGUGUACACAGACUACGUGGCCACCAGAUGGUACCGGUCACCGGAACUGUUGCUGGGGUCUGCCUACGGUAAGGCGGUGGACAUCUGGUCCAUUGGGUGCAUUCUGGGAGAGCUGAGUGACGGACAGCCCCUGUUCCCCGGGGAGAGCGAGAUCGACCAGCUGUACGUCAUACAGAAGGUGAUGGGGCCUCUCCCCUCCGACCAGAUGAAGAUGUUCUAUGCAAAUCCCAGGUUCUCAGGGCUAAAGUUUCCUUCAGUAGUAAGGCCUCAGACAUUGCCAAAGCGUUACCAUGGAAUUCUAAGUGGUGUGUUAAUCGACUUCAUGGAUAAAACCUUGAAACUUGAUCCAAAUCAGCGAUUUCUGAUUGAGGACUGCUUGGAACAUGAAGCGUUCCGGACAGAGCAUCUGCUGAAUCGGAACCAGAUCCAGUUACGUAGAAUCAACACUCAAAGUGCUAGCAAGAAACGCAAAAACAACUACACAGAACAAGUUCAGAGUGAGAAUCUCAAGAAUCUACAGAACAAUCGGCCAGACUCAGGUGAGUCAAAUGAGGCACCUCGGGCUGUUGUGAUAGUCGAGAGACAGGAGGAGAAAAUGGACACAGAUGAUGAUAUUUACAACUCCCCAGCCCGCAGUAAAUACUUAAAACAAGCUAAAAAUGUGUCAAAAAGUAACGCCGAAAAACAGAACAAUCAGACUGACCUCAAAGUUCAAAAAGACAACCAAAAGACUGAAAAGCAUGUAAGUACAAUCAUUGAAGCUUCUGCCCCAAAGUCUGCCUCUCAGAAAGUGGGCGGGGUUAAGUCUUCACAAGGAAAUAAGUCGGGGAAAGUCUCAACUCAAUCAAGUAGUGCUGCAGAUACUCAGAAAAACAGUCAAAUCGAGAAACUAGAAAAAGGAGGAGUUAGUUCAAGUGUGUCCAAACCGCCUAUUAGUGGCCGAGUGAGUGCAAAAGAAAGGGAGAGAACUGUGCUCACUGCUGACUUAAAGCUUAACCUUUCAAAUGGCAAUGUGUCUAGUGACAAAGUGACUUCCUCCGACCCCCCUCAGUACAGGACUAAAACUCCCAAAGCGGAGAAGGUCACCACCAUAGACAAUAAAACCCUGAAGGUCAGUAGUGACCCUAAACAUGGGGGCGUGUUCUCUGAUCACUUUGGACUGGACAGUAGUUUCGAUAACUCCUCAUUUAGUGGAAUGUCUACCGAAGAUUCCAGUGCAACUACAGGAACAUACAUGUCAACGACAACCGACUCAAGUGGGAUGUCUUACGACCCGCUGGAACUAGCGAUAACACACAGCGAGUCAAAGUAUCUGAAAAACAAAGACAGUGUUAAAGUGGUGCCUCCUGCUGACCUUAAGAUUGGCAGAAUCCCUGACCCUGAUUCUCCCAGGGCGACCCCCAGGGACCCUAAAUCUAGUCUCUUCUUAAAUACCAACAGAUCCAGCACUUACACAGUCAAUUUACAGGCUCCCAACACAGACAACUCGGAGGUGGCAACCAGGGACACAGCCAGUCCACAGCAUGAGCGCAGGAAGUUUUUGGACAAAGCUAUGCAAGAAGAACUACACAGGAUCAAAUCAAGUACGAUGAGGAAAAAAAGCACAGACAAAACUCAUCCGGGCUCCUUCAUCCAAACAAUCACUGAUCGUCUCUCUGAUGCAAAGUUGCAGAAUGCUGAAACUUCAUCCCCAUCUUACAAUACGAACAAGUACAGGGAGAGCAGCUUCAUUAAUUAUGGAGGGAAACAGACCGUCAAACGCAACCGCCGCGAAAACUACGACCGAAGGGCUCACCCCUUCAUAAUGUUGAGGGAAAGAUCUACUGCAAUAGAUAGUAAUAAUGAUAGUUCUUCUCGGGGGCAUGCUGUCACAAUGACAGAUCAUAGAGCAACCACCAACGACAAUCUAGAUAACAAGCUGUUGCUACAGCGAGCAGACUUGUCUUUCCACCGUGAACAGAGUAACCUUAAUAUGGGCGGACCUCCGGUACAGGUGCGCUCACACAGUAAAUACAUGGCCCUGAACUCGGACCAGUCAGCCCUGGGGUAUCAGCACCAGAGGAUGUUCCCCGCACAGCACGAAAAUACCACGUGGAGACAAGCUGAGUCCACGAAUCCUGACUGGGGAGCUACAAACAAUACUCUACAGCAACUGGCCAGAAAGAAGAAGAAAAAGAAAUUCCUACAGAUCCUGGCCAAUGAAAAUACUGGAAGGAUGACCCCAACAAGCAGACUUCACAUGACACCUUCACGCGCUAGUCGAAUGGAUUACGAUAUGGAGGAUGAAAAUGAUGGACAAAUCUCAGCCCGAGAACCGUUGCAGAAUUCCGUACAAGACUUCAAAGAUGUAUACGACAACAAACACAGAUAUGACAAAAGUCAAAUUAAUCUCCAGAAGAGAACAAAGACUCCAAGUGAUAAGGGAACACGUUUACAACCUCUUCAGAAACCUCACUACCUUGGUUCACAGCAGGGCAUGGAUUCCAUGUGGCCGUACCACAACAAGUCAGAGACCGACACUCGCCUCAGUGCGGUCGACCUACGCUCCGGAUGGCUCUCCAGACCGGGAUCUGUCUUGGCGGAGGAUCAUCCGGAUUUCUUCUCCCACACUCCACGUGAACCAGGUGACCUUAAGUCCGUCAAAAGUGGCAAGUCACGGCUUCCUGGGGACUAUCGAUUAAAUCGCGACUGACAUUAAUUGUAGAGCUGUGAGAGAGACUGACGUGAAAUUUGUCCUUGUUAUUAGGACAGACUGUGAUUGUUUUAUUUACUCUGAGAGUAAAAGUCCAUUGAAUGGGUGAAAGACCUUUUUUAUCACUCUUGUUCCUUUUUUUAUGCCAAAUUUCCUGUUUAAUAUUUUUGUGAGUGUGUAACAGCAGGCUGGCAUUUUGUUCAGUCUUUUCCUGUAUAGCUUAAUUAUCAAAGACACCUAUGAAUUAUAACUUGUUUCUUUUUAUUUAUCCCAUCUAAUACCCAGCAUAUCAUUUUAUUACAUGCAUUGAAGCUUUCUUUUUAUUGUUUACAAAAAUCAAAGCAUUAUUUAUUAUUCAGGAAUAAGUCUAUUUACAUUUUUUAUUCUUCAAUUUCCUGUGAUAGAACCUUAUCAUAAUAAUCUAAUCAUCUUGGAUAGUUUUGUGUAACAUUUCUUGAUGUUCUGCUCUUGGUGGUUAACACCCCAUAGUUUGUUUGUUCCUAAAGAACAUAUC